GACCAAUCAAAAGAGUUCAUGCCAUUCUACCUUUGAACUACCUAGGUAGGUUAGCCUUUCCUCUCCAUUGUCAAGAACGAUCCUAGGCGGCAACCCUCACCUAGGUUGGAUUAACAACUUUAACCUACCAGCCUUUACAUCGUAAUUACUUUUAAUAUUUUACUAUUUGCGUUAAUCACAAAUUCAUCACGAACCCGCGAGAUUACAACAUCGACAAUUUUCAUUACUUUGCGACUACCUAGUAACUACUAGACUCGCAUUUAGGAUUCUUUCACUUCAUUGGAAUAAUCAUCCUCUUUGUUAUAUUGUCUAGCUCAAGCUGUUAAAUCGUUCAUCUAGAGCACAGCCCUUGCCGAUACUUGUCAUAGGUAUUGGAUAAGUAGGUAUCUACGAUUACGACAACAACCUACCUACCUAGGUACACUUUUGCCUGUAGGUAUCAAGCAGUUGAAGCUAUCCGAGUCAUCGAACAUCCCCGCGCGACGAUCAAUCUGGCGCCUCGACUUCCUCCCACCCCUCACGUCUAAUACACAACACAAUACAAAUAAUAUCCUUGACCUACCCGCAGUUGCUAUUCUCGACAGCAUGCGAUUCGGUGACGCACGGCGCCUCUAGCAUGACAAUAUAGUUAGGACAAGUGAUCAUCCAGAAUCAACAUGGCUAACAGCGCGGAUUCAAGUCACUCCAACCUGAAGGAACUGGCAGUUUCGCAUUCGCAAACAAGACAAGAAAAUGGCCAACAUCUACCAGAAUCUUCAUCGUCUGAUAUUGCACGCGAGUCGCCCGUACCUAACUUGACCAGGCUUCUUAGAGGCAAGGGGCGUGAGUGGGAGGCCAUAAAAGCCAAACCUAGACCAUUGCAGCUUCUUGACCUACCCGUUGAUAUACUUAGGCUUAUCGUGAAGGAGGUUACUCAUACGAAUGACUUGACCUCGUUGGCUUUGACGAACUCUAAGCUCUAUUAUCUUACAAUACCGCAUAUCUAUGCUCGUUUCGACAUUGUCUGGCCAGAUGACACUGUGCCACAAUCUGAUAGCAAAAACGUAGAUGCGCUGACCUAUGGACUAGCUACAUUGUGUCUAGGUAGCAAGUUCGCCCAGAGAGCAAGAUGGUUGCGAGGCAGUUCUCUAGGAAAACUGAAGCCCUCCGAGAGGCUCAUCGACAAUCAGUACGCAAAAUAUACGCGUAAAUUCUCGCUUGGAAACGGACCGAAGGAUUGGACAGCAGAAUACAUGGUUAAUAAGGAGGCCGGAAAGAUGCUAGGAACCUUAGUAGCGAUAGCUGUCGGUAAGAUGAUCAAUCUGGAGACCUUUGUUUGGGACAUGCCAACUGGAGUCCUGUCCGAAGUCUUCAUGGCUCUUGCGUCUCUCCAGGAUCAUUACUCAGAGGGCGAACACAAAUUGGAGAAAAUCUGGGUUCGUUGGCAUGACAACUCGGAAAUCCCAGAUGCUUCCUCGUCCGCGUCCAGUCCCAUCCAGCCGCCGCCGCCGCCGCCAUUACCUCUUCCGCCCAUCGGCGACAUAGUAACCCUCAUAGGGACUACCCUCCCGAACGAUUAUCAACCACCUGUGAUAUCGCCGAUUAAAUACUCCGAGAGUAACGUCGAGUACCCAACAUUCAGCGUGCUACCACCUUUAAAGAGCUUGACGGUACUGGACAUUGAUGAACUUGCAUAUCUUGAUGAGAUGUCUGUGCUUAUCGAGCGCUCAAAGUCUUGCCUCCGAGAACUUCGGGUCGGGAUGUCUCAUAAGGUAUACCUGUCCGACUUUGCGCAUCCCUGGGAUAGCUCUAUUCUUCAACAAGUCGACCACGAAGCUCAAUGGCCCGGGGAAAGUCGCAUCGGCGAAAGGCGGCUAGGAGGAGUGCUUGGGGUGCUAGUCGGCCGAAUAUAUGACAUCCGACGAAAACCUCUAAAGACGCAAGAGAAGGAGGCAACUGAUCCAGCUCCAGAUCAGAACGCCGGAUCGCAGUUUAGCGGUGGCGAAGAAUUUGGCUCAUCAAGUGUCAAUGGCGUACCACCACCGUUCAUGCCUACUACGGCUGUUUCAAUGACCGGCCAAACACACCCGCAGAGCCCGCGGCAAUCCGAUGCAACGAGGAUUUCAACGCAGAAAACCAAUGCCUUACAUGGACAGAGGAAACGCCUUGACGGGAAACUCCAGCUAGAGACCCUCGAGCUUGAAAGGGUCCCGCUUUCGUUGCAGGUCUGUACCAAAGCUAUAGACUGGAGUGUCCUCACUAGCCUCACAAUCCUAGAUUGCCUGCUCGUCGAGCACCUAUGGAGAACACUCAGGAGGCAGUUUCACCCUACAGCGCCGACUCAUGGCUCGCCUGCUGGCACUCCAACUCAGUAUCACUUGGCUCUCAAAUAUAUUCAUACGGAUAACACUUGUAGUAGCCUCAUAAGUUUCGUUAAGGAAACUCUAGCACCGAAUAGUCUUGAGGUACUUUUCUUGCAGGACCGACGACGAACGCCUUCUCCGGCUGUCAAGCUCGACCAAAUAUUCAAAGGCGCGAUAAAGCGCCACCGAUCAAGUCUUAAGAAACUAUUACUUGAUAGUUCAGAGGUGUUGGGAGACGGGCGUCGUUGGGCUAGCUGGGUGCUUAGUAGUGAUAUGGUCUCCUACAUCACUAGCGGACGAAUGCCCAAUUUGAAGGAGCUCUCUGCAGCAUUUGAUUAUAAGGACUGGCAUCCAUUCCUUCAAAGGCUUCCAAACAUUCCCCAGCUUCGCUCCUUACACAUCUCCCACUUAUCGGAGCACAUUUCGGGCAAUUUCGAGCCCAAGGAGCUUGCACUUCAGCUUGUCGACAUUAUCACCCUGCGGCCGGAGAUUCAACUUUGUUACGUAGGGAUAGGUACGAAAUGCUAUGAAAUAUUAGAGACCCGGCCAAACGAUAUCAGGAACGGGAUUUCCGAUGCCGGGCUCAACGGGAAUCACCAUGGAAACGGUGCCAUCGUGAUCGACAUGGACGAUGACAAUGAGGAUGACGGCAGUGAGGCUGACGAAGAGACGGAAGACGAUGACGAUGUGAACGAUGACAAUACUAAUGCAAGCCCUACAGACGCUGGGGAUGAUUUCACGGAUGUAUCUGAUGACGCUGAGUCUGAGACGGAGUCGAUUCAGGAGGGAGACUCGGCUGGGUCAGCAGCACGGCUUCGUUUACGUGAGAUACUGUUUUACGAUGACAAAGUGGCCGUAUUCAAGGCGAGGCACGGCAGGCUAUAAACUUGACUAUUAUGUUAGGUCUAUUCGGUACUCAGGGCUUCAGGGGCGUUGGUUGGGGUUUGUUAUGUUGUCCGCGGCUUUACUUACCCAGUAGGUUAGUACGUACAGUAUUCUGGACUGGUCGUUUUGAGGGAUUCAUGAUGGUUCUUCAAUAUCGUUUUUAGGGCAUAAUGGUUCUAAGAGAGAGAGAGAGAGAAAAACAUGGUAAGGGCUAGCUGAGGAGUCAUGACUGCCUCAAGACUACAUAAUCCUACCUACUAGUAUGUGGUAGUGGUACAGUAUGUAUCCAUGGAUACCACCUACAUAUGUACUUCACCAUGUCAUUUCUUUCUUUCUUUUCUUUUCCCUUUGGUGAAUACAUAUUCGUCCUGGUCUAGUUAAGGUCUAAUAACAGACAGACAUAUCGGCAGAUGGAAAGAUAAACAGGGGGGGUUCAAUGGUAAUUUGAUGGCUUGCAGCUUUGUACCUAGGGGUACUAUGUAUGUAAUACCGUUGAAGAAAGAACGCCACCGCUGUUCAAAGUUG